GCCUCCAAGGUGAUGGAACAGCACUCGACCAGGAUAGAGGGCUGCCCAGCCAGUAAAGAUGAAGUCCCCUCGGCUGCAAGGCUUUGCUUUUUAACUCUCGGGGACACUGAAGAUGGAGGCUUCCGGCCGGAGGCCAUUAGCUAGGACACCCGGAAGGCGGAACUCCUGGGGCGGAAGUGGCCGAGAGUGGAGGAGAAUGGCGGCAGAGGGUUGGUUUUGGCGCUGGGGCUGGGGCCGGCGAGUCCCAGGGAGGACUGGGCUUCCUGGCCCCGGCCCUGGCCCCGCUACUCUUGUACAUAUUCUUCUGUUGCUGGGGCCGGUGGCUGCGGAUAUAACUGACGGCAACAGUGAGCAUCUCAAGCGGGAGCAUUCGCUCAUUAAGCCCUACCAAGGAGUUGGUUCUAGCUCUAUGCCUCUUUGGGACUUCCAAGGCAGCACUAUGCUCACGAGUCAGUACGUACGUCUGACCCCUGACGAACGCAGCAAAGAGGGCUCUAUUUGGAAUCACCAGCCCUGCUUCCUCAAGGACUGGGAGAUGCAUGUCCACUUCAAAGUCCAUGGCACAGGAAAGAAGAAUCUUCAUGGAGAUGGCAUUGCCUUGUGGUAUACCCGGGACCGCCUCGUGCCAGGGCCUGUGUUUGGAAGCAAAGACAACUUCCAUGGCUUAGCCAUCUUCUUGGACACAUAUCCCAAUGACGAGACCACUGAGCGUGUGUUCCCGUACAUCUCGGUGAUGGUGAACAAUGGCUCCUUGUCCUACGACCACAGCAAGGAUGGGCGCUGGACUGAGCUGGCGGGUUGCGUGGCUGAUUUCCGCAACCGGGACCAUGAUACCUUCCUGGCAGUGCGCUACUCCCGCAACCGCCUGACGGUGAUGACUGACUUGGAAGACAAGAAUGAGUGGAAGAACUGCAUUGACAUCAUAGGAGUGCGCCUGCCCACCGGCUACUACUUUGGAGCCUCGGCUGGCACUGGUGACCUGUCUGACAAUCAUGACAUCAUCUCCAUCAAGCUGUUCCAGCUCAUGGUAGAACACACUCCGGAUGAAGAAAACAUUGAUUGGACCAAGAUUGAGCCUGGUGUCAGCUUCUUCAAGUCUCCCAAAGACAACGUGGACGACCCCACAGGGAACUUCCGCAGCGGCCCCCUGACGGGUUGGAGGGUAUUCCUGCUGCUGCUGUGCGCGCUCCUGGGUAUCAUUGUGUGUGCUGUGGUGGGCGCUGUGGUGUUUCAGAAGCGCCAGGAACGGAACAAGCGUUUCUACUAAGCUGCCGCCCCGUGGAAAGAGCCUGACUUCCAGCCGAGGCUCUAAUGUGAACUUUUUUUUUUUUUUAAACUGGGAUCGUAAAAGAAAAACACGAUCUUAUUUCUUAACCGUUUCAAAGAAAUGAUUAAAGUAUUUUCGUACAUUUUGCUUCUUGCCCAGCAUGGACAGAUGGCAGAGCUGGUGUCUGCAUCCCCACAGCUGGGGAUGAGGCUCUCAGUACUGCUCUGGUGGCAUGUGAGGAACAGAGGCUCUGUACCCGGGGCUGUGGCCCUGGACAUGGCUGUUGAACACUGGAGGGCCCCCCAAACCACAUUGGGGUGGCUCCAAGGACCCAGGGCAGUGGUUUUGUUCUGAGGCGUGUGAUGUGUAUGAUGACAGACAAAGCUCACUUUGGGGAACCUGGGCCUUCCUGUCCCCCUCUGAGCUUGUGCCAGGGCCGACCUCAGAUGAGGGUGGAGGAGCUGUUUGGUGGGGCUCAGAGUGUGACUGUUUACUAAAUAAAGUGAAGUAGCCAACCUUAGCCUUGCAACUGUCCUCGGGAGCUUUGCUUUUUCCUUUGAUAACUUCUAGCCAGCCUCUGGCCCUCAGCAGAGCACCAGCUGGGAGGGAUGUGGUUGCCCCAUUUCCCAGGUGGAGAAACAGUACAGUGAAGCAAAAUGUGCCCGUCGUCAUCACCCAGCAAGUGGUGUGUUAGAGACUGUGCAGUCUCGUGCUCCGGGCCUCUCAGUAAAAGGACAGCAUGGGGAGGGCAAGGGGGCUGCAGAGGGUGUGACUUCAACCUGGCUUCAAGGAUAGAGGAGAGCAGGAUGCAGAGGAGUGCAGUGACAAGAAAUUCAAGAAGCGGGGCUGGGGGUUUAGCUCAGCGGCAUAAGCGCCUGCCUUGCAAGCAGGCAGUCGUGAGUUCGAUCCCCGGUACCGAUAAAAAAGAGAAAGAAAAAAAAAAAAAGACUCAACAUUGCUGGUGGGCUUGGGGCAAAAUGUAGCUCAGGAUGUGUCUUCCUCACUGUCAUGCUGUUGGAAUGAAUUGACUCGUGUCUCUGUUACGUUACCCCUGAACAUUUUAGGUGGUUUCCAGGUUUUAGCUCUUAAAUGUUGCUUGUGCUUCAGAUGUUCUUGCACAUGUCUAUCCUUGCAAAUGUAAAGUUGCUGGGCACCUUGUGUACAUUUUCAGUUUUACUGGACGGGGCCCCAUUGCUCUCCAAAGUGGAGCGAGUCCUUUUCUUCCCACUGUGGUUAAUGGCUGCUGAGAUUCCCCUCUGCCCACUAAGCAUUUGAUGACCAUUUUCAACUUUUAACAAUCUGAUAUGUGUAAAAGUUUUAGUUUCUGUUUUUUCGCAAGUCAGUUUGAAGAUCGUUAUCAGUUGUGUAAUUUCUUCUGUGGUACUUUAAUUUUAGCCUCCUUUUUCUUUUUAUUACUAGUGUACAGUUUUCUUAUAUAAGAAUCCUUUGGUUAUAUGCUUGGCUUUCUACUUUGUAAUGAUGGCAUUUGAUGUAGUGUCUACCUUCAAGUGUCACUUACAGAUCUUUCCCAAAUACUGUUUUCCCUAAGAGAGAGAGAGAGAGAGAGAGAGAGAGAGGAGAGAGAGUGUGUGUGUGUGUGUGUGUGUGUGUGUUAUGGGGAUUGAACCCAGGGCCUUCCCAAUGGGUUGCAUUGAUUGCCAGGCCUUUUGUAUUUUGAGAUUUUGAGACAGGGUUUCACCAAAAUUAGCAUUUAAUCUACUUGGAAUUUAUUUUUGUAUGUAUUGGCUGUGAGGUAGGGAUUGUUCACUGUCUUUACCCUGUUGUCUCAUCGCUCAUCCUUCCUCACCCGCGGAGGCCCCAUGGCAACCACUGCUAAUGCUGCCCCUUGCUCUUCUCCUCUUUUAGUGGCUGGAAGGCUAAGUAUUCAGGUGACCUCCCCAGCUCCCUUCUAGCUAGAGAGGAUGUGUACUGGGGAGGGUCUUGGACUGGUUUAUUUCCAAUGUAAAGAAGCUAGUGUGGCCAUUUGCCCACCCAUCUUCCUGCCUGGAACUGAAGGGUACACACGAGGGUGCAGAAGCCAUCUGUGACCAUGGAAGCUGAAGCAGUGCGUGGAACUGGCGUGUGAUGGGUCCGUGAUAGCAUGGCUGGGGUGCCGCCCAAAGCUUGGACUGCUAACUGCUGGGUUUUUACAUGGAAAAAAAAAUAAAUCCUUAUUUGUUCAAA